AUGCAUAUCUUGAUCCUAGGCGGUACCGGACCUAGCGGGAUCGAGCUAAUUCAGCAGGCCUUGGAAGUAAACCACACAGUCGUCGUCUAUGCUCGGUCGCCCCAGAAACUUCCCGCCCACAUUUCCUCUAGUCCUUCCGUCACCGUGGUGGCAGGAGACCUGACGGACAGAGAGAAGCUCUCUGCAGCGAUGCAAGGGGUCCAAGCUGUCCUCUCUGUUCUUGGCCCAGGUCCAUCGCAUCCCAGCAAUACCCCGCUCGCCCAAGCGUACCAGCUCAUCAUAGAAUCGAUGAAGCAACAGAACGUCAAGCGCCUUAUCGCAGUGGGCACCCCGAGCAUGAAGGAUGAACACGAUCAUUUUAGCUUGAUCAUGCUCGCCAUGAUCACCGUCGUCGCUACGUUCGUUCGUAAUGCAUACAAGGAUGUCGUGGCUAUCGGGCAGACCAUUCGGGCCGCUGACCCUGAGGAGCUCGUGUGGACCAUCGCGCGAGUACCAAUCCUGAACGACAACGAGGACAGAUCUGUGCUUGCAGGGUACGUAGGAGACGGGAAGGUUGGGACCAAGCUAGCUCGCCAAGCGCUCGCGGCGUUCGUCCUGAGAGAGUUGGAGGAAAACCAGUGGACCCUCAAGGCACCUGCCAUCUCUUCCCCUUAGACAAGGCAGAAAACUUGUGUUGAACGUUUUGUGUGUGUAAGGAAAUUCAUGCUAAGUUAUGCGCAAGGCGGAUAUGGAUCCUGGCCAUUCCUGUAGUUCACCGUGCCGAGAUUCGCCAUCGGUUGUCCUUCGCGAUCCGAUGUCUCCCUUCCCGUGUUUCUAGUCUGUGAAUUUUGUCUGUAGCGUUUGAAGGC